GCCAUGGAAACCCAUUCCAUGAAGCUCUCUACGCACUGUUGUUGGGCUCAUCUGAAGGCCACACCAAGUUUGGAGGUCUUUAGCUAUUGACUCUGCAGAUAGUUGAAGCAGUCUGCAUGCCUAGGGGCUUGAUUGUAUACACCUGUGUCCAUGGAGGGGAUUGGAACACCUGAAUCACAUGAUUGGGAGGGGAUUGGAACACCUGAAUCACAUGAUUUGGAGGGCGGGGCCAAUACUUUUGGCAAUAUAGUGUAUAUUUAUUUUACCUUAUUCCCAGCCCUGAUGAAGGGGAGGUUUUGAGCUCCUGAA